AUGGACGAAUACACGGCCGAUUUGUUCAUCUCCCGCGAUGAUACAUCCGAUAGCUCGCCGCCGCAGCAGCGGCAGCCGCCUCCGACCGUCGUCGUAGACGAGUGGCCCCAGGACUCCGACGCCAACGACACCACCCCGUCCAAGAAAUCGCCGUCCGGCCUGCGCUCGCGCAUCGCGAACAAUCUCAGCAAGAAGACGAGCAUUCAGGAUCGCCUGGUUGAAAGACUCCUUCAGCAAGUCAUUCCCGAGAGCUCCGAUGGCCUCGCCGCCGGCGACGACACUCUGGCCCCGGGCUUCCCCGCGGACAAGACCUCUACCUUCUCCCAGCGGCCAAACUUCAACAUCACGACGAUGUCCAACAACUUCCGCCGCUUCAACGCCCGCAUCGGCGUGGUCUUCAAGUUUCAAGCCCGCGUUGUCCGCCUGCUGAGCUGGCGCCGUCCGACACACACACUAUCCCUCCUCGCCGUCUACACCUUCGUCUGCCUGGACCCGUACCUCCUCGCAGUCGUCCCGCUCGCCGGCUUUCUACUCGCAGUCUUCAUCCCCCAUUUCCUCGCCCGCCAUCCGGCGCCGCCGUCCGGCACCCUCUCCUCCGAACAGUCCGUCGGCUACUCCCCGAAAGGCCCGCCGCUCGCCCCCGCGCGCACCGUCAAGCCGGUCAAGGAGCUCAGCAAGGACUUCUUCCGCAACAUGCGCGACCUUCAGAACUCGAUGGACGACUUCUGCGUCGCCCACGACAGCGUCGUCUCGAGCGUCCUCCCCAUCACGAACUUCUCCAACGAAGCCCUCUCCUCGGCGCUCUUCCUCGCCCUGACCCUCACCACAGUCUUUAUGACGACCUUCGCCUCCGUCUUCCCCUGGCGCCUCAUCGCCCUCGUCGCAGGCUGGGGCCUCAUCCUCUCCGGCCACCCGGCCAUCGCCCCGCUCCUCACGCACACCCACGACACCCACGUCGCCCCGCACCAACCCCUCGCCCGCUCGAGCGUCGAGGCCUGGAUCGCCGCCGACAUCAUUCUCGACUCGGCCCCGGAGACCCGCGAAGUCGAGAUCUUCGAGCUGCAGCGCCAGUCCCACGACGAGUGGGAGCCCUGGCUCUUCUCCCCGUCGCCGUACGACCCGCUCUCCCAGCCGCGCAUCGCGGGCGAGCGGCCCCGCGGCACGCGCUUCUUUGAGGACGUCCUGCCGCCCGACGGGUGGGAGUGGUCCGAGAAGAAGUGGGCGCUCGACCUCUGGAGCAGGGAGUGGGUCGAGGAGCGCAUCAUCACGGGCGUCGAGGUCGAGACGGAGGGCGAGCGCUGGGUCUACGAUAUGUACGACGAGAACUCGAGCUUCUCGGGCGGCGUCAUGGACUCGCCCACCACGGCCAAGGGCAAGGCGAGGGUGCCCGCGGCGCCGACGCUGAGCUGGGAGGAGGGCGAGGACGGCACCGGGCGCAGGGGCGAGUGGAGGAGGCGGAGGUGGGUUCGGCUCGUCAAGAGGAGAGCCACGACGAGCCCUGCGUAA